AUGAAGCAUUUGUGGUUUGUAGCCCUACUUACGGCCCCUGCGCGGAAAAAAUUAGGGAGCAGAGCUAGAAUAAGAGCGGUCUUUCGAUGGACCAAAGAGUCGCUGGAGGGACAUUUUUCAUUUCGGGCGAGUGUAAGACAUGAGACGACACGACAAGUCUGUACCAGCAGCAGCGGUAAUAUAAACCCCGCGAUAGAUCCUAGUGAUAAAGAGAUCACCGAAAGAAGUGGGAGCGUAACCAGCGAGGAUGAUAAGAAAAAACGACCGCGUACAGCAUUUACUGCCGCUCAAAUAAAGUCUCUGGAGACUGAAUUUGAGCGGAGUAAAUAUCUGAGUAUUGCUAAGAGACUGCAACUGAGCAAGAGUCUAAAACUCACAGAAACUCAGAUCAAAAUUUGGUUCCAAAAUCGACGAACCAAGUGGAAACGCAAGUAUACUAAUGAUGUUGAGCUGUUUGCACAGCAAUACUACUCCAGUCUAGGCAUACCAGCGCCAAGACCUAUUUUUGUUGGCGAUCGAUUGUUUUUCAAUUACCCGGGACAACCACAAGCAGCAACACCACCAUUACUACCAUCACAUGUGAACCCUCUAGCACUACCACCAUCUUUACCAAUUGUCCAGCCCUUACCGACAAAUCUUCCAGGACAAUCAAUGUACCAAAAUGUCCCGCAUUCGAUAAACUACCUUACGCAUUUGGACUAUCGACGGCAAAAUACGUGA